GGAGAGGGGGGGGGGGGGGGGGGGUUCUUCCCGGCAGGGCAAAGGGACAGGAAUUGAGGGGUUCGGUUUUUCGGUGGCAAGCCAACACUCGUCUCACUGCAGCCGAUUGCUCGUGUGAUCUGGCUCGUGCGGAGCACUGGACGCGCGGCUGGACUGGAGUGAGCGGCGAUGGCGCUGGAUGUGUUUCGGCGUGAGUUUGUGGCGAGCGAGUUCCGGCCGCGAUGGUUCAUGGCGACGGGGCGAGCGCUGACAGGCAACGGGACGGCGAUGCGAAUGGGCGCGUGCGUUCGUGCGCUGAUGGGUAGUGGUGGCAAGGAGGAGCGGAGCGAUGACGAUGGUGGCGAUGGGCGAGCACGCGGACACGUGCUGCGGGCAAACCACGGGCUCGGCCUACUCGCGGCGACACGGCUUGUGAUCUCUGUGCGCAUUUUCGGCGAGGUGUGGGCGGUGGACGAAGUCGGACGUGGCCCGCUGUUUGUGCUGGAGCGUUGCACGCUCCCUCGAUGUGUGCGCGGGGUCCGUGAUCGGGUAGCUGUGCGAAUGGAGGUGGCAUCGGUGUUCGAGACAUCGUGUCCGGUGCUGGUGACAGCCACGUUUGGCUCGCGAGCGCUUGUUGUCCACGAGCUCGACGGCGGGCGGGCCGAGUGUAUGCGCGCGCUGCCGGCCGAGUUUGGGCGGCCGCCUGCAGCAGUGGGGUGGCUGAACGCCGGGCGCGAGCUGUACGUAGUGUCUGCUGCGGCGGUCGAGGGCGGGCACAAGGUGUGUGUGGCGGUGUACGGGUGGGAGCCACUGACACGGCAGCUGUCGGCCGAGCCGGCGGCGCUCGGCUGGGUGGUGGCGCAUCCGCCGCGGUCACGGGUGGUGUGGGACGGAGUCGACGACGACGGGGUCAUCGAGGUGCGAUCUAGCGCUGGCUCGCAGUUCUACGCUGCAAGCGAUGUUGUUGCGGCGCUUCGGGACGCAAGGUCGUCCGAGGUCUUCCUCGGUGGCGAGCACGGGCUGGCACCACUGGCGGAGCUGGCGUUGAGCGGCGCGCGUGUGACCGGCAUGCCGCCGUUCCAGUUCUCCGACUCGAUGUGUGCGGCUGGCGGGCCGAGCGGGGUGGUCCUGGCCACAUCGCGGACCGGCGACCGCGGGCCGAUUGCAGCGCGGGUGGCGGACCUGGGCAGCGAUCCGGGCGUGGGGCCGAACCUUUUUGCGGACGCGCCUGGGUGGAGCGCGCAGAUGGGGUUCGACAUGAGUGCGUUCUUUCUGUUUAGCGGGCGGCGAGUGCUGAGCCGGACGUACUCGUGCAUCAAGGUCUUUGACGUGGCCGCGUGCGGGCCGGCGAUGACUGCGGCACCACCGCUGCCGUCGAUUACCACCGCCGCCGAGUUGGUUCGCAGCAAGUCAAGCGGGCUGGCGCCGAUGGAGGUUGUGGAUCGCCGGCAGAGUCGAGACGAGAGCGGCAAGGACUCGCUGGAGGUUAGAAUGCGGUUUGCGGUGAGCGCUGUCGAGGUGAGCGAUGUGGUGCGGCGUGUACGGGAGCGUGAGGCGGCGUCUCGGCUCAGCGACGAUGGCGGCGAGGCGGCGGCCGAGGUGGGGCUGUACGGCGAUCUGGGCGGGCGCGACGGCCGUCGCGGAUCAUGCAGGACGAGAGCAACCUUCUGUCCAGCUUUGGACUGGGAGGCACGUGCGACGCAACGAUCCACACGGUGGCGUUUGCGCCGUACCAGCGGCUGAUGGCGGUCGGGUGCAGCGGAGCGGCGGUGCUGUACGAUCUGGAGAGCGGCGAGGCGUUGGCGAGCGUGGCGCUUGCUGAGUGGGACUCUGAAGCGUUCAAUACGCUGGUGAUCAUCGACGGGUGGCUGGUGCAUGUGGUGCGGACGACGAGCGGCGGCAGCUUUGCGGUUCACGUCUACGAGCUGGUCUCCGACGCGCGGCGGCUAGCAGCAGGCGAUCAUCCGAACCAGGCCUUGGCGUUGGCGUAGUGGCGGGCGAGCUCAUCAUGGGUGUAAAAGCCGGUGUCAGGAGGCAGAUUCUGGGUCUCAAGAUACUGGAAGAGCAAGACCUGGUCGCUCGGAUCGAGGGCGUCGACGGCAAAGUCGGCAGCAGGAGCGGCAGAGGGCGGGGCGUGAUGGGAGGCGUGCUCGGCCUCGCGCGCGGCGGCGAGUGACGAGACGCCGAUGGACGGAAGCUCUUCCGGGCAUUCUGCAGCGAGGCUAAAGAGGGUGACGUCGGCCAUGUUGAGCAUGGCGCCCUGGAUGCCGAGGUCGUCGCCGAGGUCGACGGUGGGGAAUAGCGAACCAAGGUAGGCACGCAUGGCAGGCGCCGAGGUGGUGGAAAGAAAGGCUGCACCGGG